UUCUUAUCCAACACAACAGCAAUACAUUAUCGUAGCAAUCAAGAACUCAAAUUCAUUCCAUAUAAAUUUUGGAUAUUUUCUCCAUAAAUAAAUGCACAAGAAACCGAGUUAAAGGGAUCACCAUUUCAUAUCUGGAUCGAUCCUAUUCAUUCGCCAAACAAGGAAUUACUAGUAAAUCAAUGAUCAUGAAAUCUGGGAAAUUGUUACUGCUUCUUCUUUCUUUCAAUGUCUUCUAUUAUGCAGCAGUGAAUUGUGCACCUCAGACAUGCCCUGCUACCAAAGAUGCUAAAUGUGGUGAUUCAGAUGACUGGAAAGCGGAAUUUUUUCCUGGCAUUUCCAAAAUUAAAUAUGAGGGGCCUUCCAGUAAGAAUCCACUUUCAUUUAAAUGGUAUAAUCCAGAGGAGGAAAUUCUUGGGAAGAAGAUGAAGGAUUGGUUCAGAUUUAGUGUUGCAUUUUGGCAUACAUUCCGUGGAACAGGUGUUGACCCAUUUGGUGCACCUACCAAAUAUUGGCCAUGGGAAGAUGGUACCAAUUCAUUAAGCAUGGCUAAAAGAAGAAUGAGAGCAAAUUUUGAGUUCAUAAACAAACUUGGAGUCGAUUUCUGGUGCUUCCACGACAGGGAUAUAGCUCCUGAUGGGAAGACUAUUGAGGAAUCAAAUGAAAACCUGGAUGAAGUUGUGGCCCUUGCUCAUGAGCUUCAGCGUCAGAGCAAAAAGAGAGUUUUGUGGGGAACAGCUCAGUUGUUCGUGCAUCCUCGUUAUAUGCAUGGUGCUGCUACUAGCUCCGAGUUAGCAGUGUAUGCAUAUGCUGCGGCUCAAGUGAAGAAAGCCUUGGAGGUGACACAUUAUUUGGGGGGAGAAAAUUAUGUGUUUUGGGGCGGUCGAGAGGGUUACCAAUCUCUUUUGAACACAGAUAUGGAACGAGAGCUUAAUCAUUUGGCUAGAUUUUUUGAAGCUGCUGUUGCACACAAAAAGAAGAUCGGAUUCAAUGGGACAUUUUUAAUUGAACCAAAGCCACAAGAACCUACAAAACAUCAGUAUGAUUGGGAUGCUGCAACUGCAGCUAAUUUCUUGCGAAAAUAUGGACUUAUAGGGGAAUUCAAACUUAACAUUGAGUGCAACCAUGCCACUCUAUCUGGUCACAGUUGCCAUCAUGAGCUUGAAACUGCAAGGAUCAAUGGAUUAUUGGGUAAUAUCGAUGCAAAUACUGGUGAUCCUCAAGUUGGUUGGGACACGGAUCAGUUUCUCGUAGAUAUCCAAGAGGCAACAAUGAUUAUGCUCAGCGUUAUCAGAAAUGGUGGAAUUGCACCAGGUGGAUUCAACUUUGAUGCCAAAUUGCGGAGAGAGAGCACAGAUGUUGAAGACUUGUUCAUAGCUCAUAUUGUUGGCAUGGAUACAAUGGCCAGAGGUCUCAGGAAUGCUGCCAAGCUAGUUGAGGAUGGUUCUCUGGCCGAGCUUGUUCGCAAGCGAUAUCAGAGUUUUGACACAGAAAUUGGGGCUCAAAUAGAGGCCGGAAAAGCCGACUUUGAUUUUCUUGAGAAGAAGGUCAAGGAAUGGGGAGAACCAAAGGUUGCUUCUGCGAAACAGGAGCUAGCCGAGAUGAUAUUCCAGAAUGCUAUGUAGAAAGCAACAUCAAGCUCUGUGUGGAAGUUAUAUUUCUUCUUUUUUAUGUUAGGAGUAGGCUACCAUCAUAGCUUUAAGUAGUAUAAUAAAUGGAAAUCCAGAUUAUAUAGUAUUUAGCUGCUUAAUUUUGCUUGUGAUAAAUAAUGGGUGGAAGCUUCCUUGGUGCAUUCGAAAUCCGGUGAAGUGCAUGUUAACUUUUGUACAAAAAACAAUGUGGCACAUACCUUCCCUGGCCAUGAAAGACCGUUUAUCGGGCAGAGUUAAUAGUUAUUUUUACUUUUAUUUA